GUGGUUUGAGCGCUGGAGUCCAACUCCGGGAAAGCGGGCUCCGAAGCCUGGCUCGGCCGUGGCAACCCAGUGGGUGACUUUGGGCCAGUCACACACUCUCAGCCUCAAGGGCAAAGCUCCCCGUGAGGAAGGCCCUUGUCCGGGGCCCGCGGGAGGGGGGCCCCAACUGGGCAAGACCUCGGAGGCCCGCCGCCAUCGCGGGGGGUCGCAAAGGUUCCAAGGGACACUGAAGCGGUUUCCCCGCGCGCUUUGGGGCCUGAGGCAGGUUGCCUCCGAAGCCUCACUGAAGGCCUUAAAUAAGGCUCUAUAGCCUCCAGGGCACUGCAGGCCAUCCUCAGGGGAGAGAUUAACGAGCCUGGAGUUUUAAACAACGGUUGGGAGAAGGCAAAGGGACCGAGGGCGGCCUCUUCCCCACCCAGCGCCGGAGGAGGCGCCCAGGCGGCGGUUUCUCCUUCUCCUCCCAGAGAGAGAGGCCCGCCGCGCGGGAAGCGAAAAAGCCGAGGCCGACGGACGGCAGCAGCUGAACGACUGGGUUGCGGUGAAUGAGAAAGAGAUCCUUCACUCCUGUGGAACAUCUCAACUGUACUUUGAAAUUAUCCACAGUCUUCCUCCAAACCACCUGGUAGAAUCCUUUACCCAGAGUCCUUAUGAAUUCCUCAUUGGCCCUUGGCACUCUACCUCAGAAUUCAACCUCUGAACCAGACAGCAUGACCAUUCAGAGGCAGAGGAAAGAACUCCAGCUGUUAAUUGCAGAACUGAAAGAUCGUGAUAAAGAGCUCAAUGAAAUGGUCACUGUCCAUCAGAGGCAGCUGUUGGCUUGGGAGGAUGACCGUCAAAAAUUCUUGACAUUGGCAGAACGGUGCAGCAGGCUGGAGAAUGAGCUGCACAAGAGAAAUGAAAUGAUAACAACCCUAACCAGAAGAUUAAAACUCCUUGAAUCUCAGCAGAAUGAUCGCAAGAUGACCCUUGAGAACACCCAGCAAAAGCUCCAGGACUUGUCUAAAAAAGCAUCUGACACAUCGCUUCACUGCCAGGCCCUUGAGGACAAAAACCAAGCCCUCAAUUCUUUAGUGAUGGAACUCUCUAGUAAAGUAGGGCAGCUGCAAGCCAGAGAACAGGAGCUGCUUACAGUGCUAAAGCUAAAGGAUAAUGAUAUACUUGAGGCAAGCAAUCACAUUUCUGAAUUUAUGUGUAAAUUUAAAAAGUUGGAAAAUGCUUUGCGAGCAGCAAGGAUGGAAGAAGCAAACGUCAACAAGGAGAAACAGGAUUUUAUAGUUAGAGUGAAGCAACUUACGUUGGAAACAAACAGAUUAAAAAGUGAUCUCAGUGAAAAAACAAAAGAAAGUAAUGAAAAGAGGGAGGAAAUCAUACGCCUCAAGCAAGAAAAUGGUUUUCUGAACAAUGAAUUACUGCUUAGUGCUGAGAGAGCAAACAGAAGAGACCAACUUCUUCAGUCUGCCAAAUCUAAACAACGACGGACAGACACAGAACUGAGCAAUCUGCGACAGAUCUAUGUGAAGCAGCAACGAGAUCUGCAGUUUCUGCAUUUCAGCAUGGAGAGUUCCCAGGAAAUAAAGCAGAAGCCUAAGCCAGAGGUACAGGAGACGAGCAGAGAGAUGGUUUUGUCCGAUCUCAAGAUUAGCAGUGACAGAGACACAGUCUGUAGUGAAAUCAGUCAGAAGAUGCAUACCGGGCUCCUGUAUGUUCCCAGCUCUAGUUCGAAAAAUAUCAGCCAGAUAUGCAAAGCUAAGAGUAAACAGCAAACAGGACUUGAGGAGAGACAGCCAGCAAGCUUGGGUCAGCUUCAGGAAGGGCUGUUCCAUGGGCAAAGAACUGCUAAGGAAGCGUCAAAACAGAGUAGCUUGUUGAAUGCUGGGGAGACAGAUCGGAGACCUGCCGCCCAUUCGGAGAGCCCAUGGAAGCCAGAAGGCAAGGAGAUGUCUCAGGCCGUAGAACCAAACUGCGACACAUCUUUACUAAAUCAGCAUUGCCUUGAACUGAAUUCAUGUGUGGAGCUUGCAAACUGCCAGAACUGCAAGCGGAGGCUCUGCAACAAGUCCCACGGGGAUUGUAAAGAUAUGGAGACAGAUACAGCUGGCAUUCAGUGUGGUCAAAAUCCCAACAAGCCUCUCAGUUCAGUUACAUCACUAGAAUUGGGCUGCUGCUCCUGCAACUUCUUAAGCAAAGCUGCACCAUACCAGCCAGGAGGUGACAUGAAAUGGAUGCAGAUUUUCAGGCCUGUAAAAGGAGGAGGAGGCGCUUUUUCCAGCUGUCCUCUGGCUGCUCAUGGGAUUAGAAGUGACAAGUCUAAAAGUGACCACGAUGUGGGCCUGAAGUUUUCGGAUUUGGAUGCUCCUUGCUUGACAUCAACUCAAAAGACAAGUGAGUCCGACGGACACGAGAAAUUCUUCAACACAGAGUUCCCUUUGCAGCUUAUGAAUGUAACCGAUGACCAGGCAGCCAAUGGAUGUGGCCAUCCUACCAUCUCUCAUGAUUCCUGCUCACCCAGCAGUAAGCUCCAGAGAUUGCUGGCAGAGUCACAACAGAUGGUAGCAGAUCUGGAGCUCACCAACCUGCUUGGAGCCAGCCCUUUCUGCAGUCCUAAGAGCAGCCAACAUGAGGUCACAGAAUAUACUGACUCCCUUUGCAAAGUGAGACUGCCAGAGGAGAAAAGCAAGACAAAGCUUUCUCUUCAUUCUUUAUGACCUCCAUGUGAGCCAUGUUGCCUUUUCCAUCAGUGUUUGUUUACUUUGCCCAGCAGAGAUCCAGUGUGAAGAGUACAAAUACUUGAACUAAUGCAUACAUGUGUAGUGCUCAAGGUGUAUUUGGAAAACAGUACAUUUUGUCUGAGACAACAUAUGCAAAAGCGGUAUCACAAUUAGUUUUUACAUGUUGAACGUAUUGGCUGGGAUAUCCCUGGUGCUAUAUGCCAGCAUAACUGGCAGCUGGUGUCAUGCCUGUACUCUUUGGACCUUGCAGAAGUAGAUAUCCACUACCUCUUUCCACAAGGUCCCCGUUCUGGUGCACAGCAACACUGAUCAGCUACAGGAGUGUCCCUGGGCUUGAUCUACUGUAGCUAUUCUUGAGCACAGAGGGAGGUAAGAGCAGCCUUAUGCUUCAGGCUGAGGCUGCUCCUUCCCUCAGUAUUGUGUGCCUUGGGGAGACAGAAUUACACACAGUGCCUCCUCCCCAGCUGUUGUGGUGUACUUGUUAUUGUGCAGUCUCUGCCAUCUCCUGUAAGGCUAUCGAGACUUGUAUUCUUACACCAAGAUCUUGGCCAUAAUCUUGUUACGGCCAACAAAUUCAGUGUAUUUGCAAGUGAGGAAGAUAUAACAGGCAAAUGAAUGGAGUUGGGGUGGCUAUCUAGUUUCCACCCAUGAGCUUUUAUUUAUUAUGUUUAUAUCCCAGUGUUCUCCCAGUGAGCUCCAGGUGGCAUACAUGGCUCUCCUUAUCCUCACAACAAUCCUAUGAGGUUGAUCAGAGUGACUGACUGGCCCAGGUCACGCAGUGAGUUUCGUGGCUCAGUGGGAAAUAGAAUCCAGUUUCCCAAAACCCAAAAUCCCAGUCUGAUCACUGACUGUUAAGGCCUGCAGAACUCCCUGGGCUCUGCCAGUGCCAUGCACAUACACUGAAAUGUCAUGGCAGCAUCUGGGAGUAGGAAAGAGGUUUCAGUGCAUGACGUGCACCCGUCAUAUGCACCCAAACAGUAUAAGUCCACAAGCCCAGCCAUUAUGUUCUGCCAACGUUUAGGCAUAGUUGCAGAGGAGUUUAGGAAAAUGUUAAAGAAAUGCGAAAAAUGUGACACUGAGCCUUUGGCAUCUCUGGCAUGCCUCAUGGCUUGCAAAUCCUGAUGAUCCUGCUGUCGGCGGUCAAGGUGAAAUAUCUUCAUCUGCAUGGAAACUCCUGAAAUGCCAGCUGUUUGUGGAGCAAUGGAAGGAAAUGUUUCUGGCACUGACACAAAGAUGGCUUUGAGGGAAACAGCUCAUCCUGUGAAGUAAAUAUACUUUUUUUAAAAUUUCCCCAGACAACUCUGGCAGUGUUUUUCCAUGUGCAGAGAAACAGACGGGUCAUAAAACAACAAAACCUGAAACUGACUUCCAGUGUGCAGUUUCAACAUGUUUUCCUUCAUCAAAGUUGGUCUCUUUUUAUGUUCUUUGAACAACAGCUGCCCUGUGUUUUGUCUGCAAGAGCAAAGAAAACACUCAUGCUGUAAGGGCACACUUUCUUGAACAUGGAAGAUCAAUAUAUAGUGUAUUAAACUCAGGGGAUGAUCACACACAUAUACACACAUGCCCACAUGCCUUGUACUAAAAUGAUUUCAUAGCAGAUCUGUGCUCAGAUUACCUGCUACUGUAUUUUUAGAAGGUUAUUUAUGUGAUUGUUCAUUCAGAGAGAUUUCAGAAGCGAGAAAUACGUUUUCUUGGCUUUUCUCUUUUUGUACAAUUGUAUUUACAUUAUGAAACUCGAUAAUUCAUUUUUAUUCAGUGUUGGAUCCAUUCAUCCCUUACAUUAUUUGUGAAGUAUUUUUGACAGGCCCAGUUCUAAUUCAGCUUUCCCUAAUCUAGUGCCUUACAGAUCUGUUCGUUUAAAAUUCCUGUGGGACACAACACCUGGUUGGGAUGACAGAUUUUUAUGUUGCUUCCUGAAAUAUAUGUAUCUUUAUUAUAUCUUGGGAAAGUCAAGUUUUUGGACUACAGCUUCCAGAAUCCCUAAACACUG